CCUUGUCUCGACGCUGUGGCUUCUCAUGGGUGGUGACUGGUGAGAGCAGAAGAAAGCCGGGGUACCGGAACGUGCAACUGCAGCUCAACUCUCCCUUCCUUUGUCGCUCCGGAGGCGUCUGUGCAAAGUUUCUUGACCCAGCUUCUCUUUUAUCAUCCACCAAUUAUCAGAAACCAUGUCUUGGGACGGCUACGUGCAAACUCUGAUGGCUGAGCACUGCCAGGAUGCGGCCAUUAUUGGGUACCCUGACAACAAAUACGUCUGGGCAUCACACGAAGGCGGUGACUUUGCCAAGAUCACGCCUGCUGAAAUUGAUGCACUCAUGUCAAAUGACCGUCAAUCCUUCUUCAUCAAUGGAUUGACCUUAGGAAGUGAAAAAUGCUCUGUGAUCAGAGACCGAUUGGAAAUUGAAAAUGAAUGGGGAAUGGACCUCCGGACCAAGUCCUCAACCGGCCCCACUUUCAACAUUGCUCUAUGCCGAGCUCGGAAAGUAUUUGUUCUAGUCAAGGGCAAGGAAGGUGUCUACGGAGGGACCCUUAACACAUUGGCCUUUAAGACGGUUGAAUACUUGAGGAAUGCUGGCUAUUAAAGCAUCCCCUACCAGGCCACCCACCCAACCAGCUACCUGUCUACCACCCAGUUGCAUUUCACACUUCCUGUCCUUGUUGCUCCUUACUAUCUUCUGCUCCUCCUCCCCAAACCGUCUCAGCCCUUAGUUGAUCCAUAGCCAAGAUGAGCGUGUGACUAAGGAUGUCACUUGAUUAAGACCAGCAGAAUGAAAGACAAUCACUCGAUGCGUCUUUGGUGCCCAUUGACACGACAAGUUCCACAACAUAAACGUUCCCCGAGAGUGGCCCUUACCUGUUUUUUUUAGAUUGAUUGGACCACUGAAGCAGGAAAUCGUCCAGGUCUACCUCUUCCCCCAACAACUUCUUUGAGGAUAGACGGUGUGAUCAUCUGUCCACUGUCUUCCAUGUCCCUCCCUGAUAAUGAAAUGCUUGACCCCCCCCCCCCCACACACACACGCACAUACGCGUCCUUGUCAAAGUGUUGUCGUUUGGCUCUGUUAAUUGUCAUCAAGCAGAGUUACUGUUCCUAUACACACACACACACCAACAAAUCAAUGGACAUUCCACAGUUACUAGCUCAGGCACUUGUUACUGUCUUUCUUUUGCCAGUACCUGUAAUUUGUUUUCAGAAAGGCUGUCGUUUUGGACCGUAGAUAUUUCUCGCUCUCUCACCACCUGGAGGUUGUUCUUUAUUUUUUUUGCCCAUCGCCCCCCGUAACCCCCCCCCCCCCCCACCACCACCACCCAGGUAGGACCAAGUGUAGUGAAAACUCAGGUGUUGCAACAAAACACCAAACAGGUUAAGUGACAGGGCAGGUGAGCAUGGAUUUAGUCUUUAUCAUUUUUUUUUUUUUUUUUUGUCACCCCUAUCAGAAGCUACACUGAAUUUGAAAAAAAAAAUAAAAAUCCUCAUUUAAACUGUGGAAUUAAUCGCCUUUUGCCAUCCAUUGAGCACAGACCCUAAAAUUGUAAUGUCUGUACACUCUUUGGGAGAUGGGUUAGAUGAAACCAACAUGUACCGUUCAUCACAACCCGUGUAUCCUGUGCCAUAAUGUCAAGAGGUCUGUUGCUCACUCUUCCAAGAUUAUUUUUUCCUCCGUAUAACCUGUCCUUCAUUUUCUUUUCUGUAGCUUCAGUGCCACUGUUCAGGCCUUGUAUAAUCAUCAAAUCUGUUUCCAAGUCCUCCUCACUGAUUUGUUCUCACUUUAGUUCUCUUGGAUCUGGGAUAGUCUGUCAAUGCAUUGAAUUCCAUAUGCAUACUAUCAAGAAUGCCAUAUAUUGAUUUAUCACCUUGUUUACAGACAGAUCAAAAUAAAUUUAUUCCAACCAGAGAA